UGCACACCCAGUAAAGUAAAGUUUGUACAACAAAAGCUUGCGGGGAAGUUGCACAUGCGAGCGCACGCGAAUUAUACUUACACCUCAGUCUACACGCGCUAAAAGUGGAAACACAUUUCGGACCCUGUUCAGCUCAGUUUCAUUUAAGACACAAUGAGGUCGUGCUUGUGGAUUUUCGUCCUUGGGAGUUUAAUCGUGACUGGAGUCAAGAUGCAAGAUUCUCCAGCAGAUGACCUUGUGCCAGAGGAAUCAGCCGUUCCUGAUGAAGCUGCAGAUGCUGAAAAACCAGCUGAAGAUCCUGCACACCUGAAGAAAACACCAGAGGAAACACAUGAGGAAACACAUGAGGAAAACACUGAAGAAACACCUGAGGAAACCCUGAGGAAACACCCGAGGGAAACACCUGAGAACACAACACCAGAGGAAAACCUGAAGAAAACACCCGAUGGGAAACACCUGAAGAAACACCUGAGGAAAACACCCGAGGAAACACCUGAAGAAACACCCGAGGGAAAAACCUGA